AUGAUGGACAGCACCUCGGGCCUCGACAGCAGCUCGGCGCACACAGAGGCCCCCGUGAACGCAGGCGCCUUGCCCUUUCUAGUCGGUUCAGUCGCCGCCCCCACCUCAACGACAGCCCCACCGAACCGCUCCCGGCCGCACCGCUCGCGCAGAGGAUUCGCGGCGGGCAAGUCGCGCCUCUCGUUGCGGAUCGACGCCGACUGCGCCGAGACGUCGUCGGUCACGGCGCAGUCGACGCCGGCGUCCACGUCCAGCAGCUGCAGCAGCAGCGACGUCGUGCCCUGGUGGGAAGUCGAGUACCAGUGUCCGCCCCCGGGCCACCUCGGCGCCCACGUGGUGCCCGUCUCCGCCGACGAGCAGGCAGAGCAGCGAACAGGUUCAUCAAUCACAACAGCGACAAACAGCAGCACGACGCGAAGUGCCGACAGUUCCGAGCUCUCAACCCCCACCGAGUCACACACAACCUCUUCCUCCUCCUCCUCCAGCUUGCAGCAGAUCCGACCAGGCCUCGUGGUGUACGAGACCCCCGAGCGAGCACGCCGAGGCCCCCGCAACAAGCUCUCGGCCAUCCGAGCCUCCGUCCCCUGCUUGCUGGUGGACAGCAGCCCGAGCCAGAAGCGCAAGAUGCGGUCCCAAGACCCGACGGACGCCGAGGCCGACCUCUUCCCCACGCACGUGGCCAAGGAGCUCAAGAGGUUCCACGAGUCCAGCAGCAGCUUGAAAAAGUCGAGUUUGCCGAGUCGCGUCGUGACGCCGUCCACUCUGGUGCAGCCACUUACGCAGAUCGGCAUCAGCCAGACGCUGCGACUCAAGCCGCGCACAUUGACCCCGCAGGCGACUGAGAAGCCCCACACAGCUCCGCAAGAGCCUUAA